CGCCCGUGCACAAUGGCUCAUUAGUUAUUCUCCAAUCUUAGAAAAUCAGGGUCAAGAAUUCUUCACCAGUAGUCACCACUUAGCACCACCACUGCAAUUCCUUUCGGCAACUCGCGAACUGCCACUCGAUAUACCUGACGGAGAAUUGACUCAACCCUCAACUUAUUAAGGAUCUUCUUGGAUGAAUGAGGAUGAAAUCCAUGUAGAAGUCUUUUGAUCAGAAUUGGAUAGACACACCAGAGUGCUUGGGUAUGGGGAUGUUGCUACCCCAACAGAUAUGUACGGCUCUAAAUCUUCAUCUUCUGCCAUUUGUGAUCUGCUCAUAAAACUUCAGGAUAAGUUCAUUGUAAGUUGUCAAAUGAAGGUGAAAUUUGUUGAAGACAUAGAACUGUCAAACAUCAAAAUCUAUCUCUUGAGCUGAGAUUUUUAAUAUUCUUUUAUGAGUCGUAAUAUACCUCAUGCUGAACUGCCUUCCAAGAUUCAGAUGUAUUUCUUUCUUGUAUUCUUUGCCCAAAUUGUCCUACAAUAUAAAGCAAAUUCAUGCCCAAUUAAUCACUAAUGGCCUGAAAUCUCCCACCUUCUGGGCCAAGUUAAUUGAGCGUUAUUGUGGCUCACCAGAUCAACACAUUGCCAGUAAUGCACAUUUGGUGUUCCAGUACUUUGACAAGCCAGAUUUGUUUCUCUUCAAUACUUUGAUAAGAUGUGUGCAACCCAAUGAUUCUAUUCUUAUUUUCCAAAAUGAGUUUUCUAGGGGACUCAUGUGUUUUGACGAGUACACUUACAAUUUUGUUCUUGGAGCCUGUGCUCGCUCUCCUUCAGCUUCAACGUUAUGGGUUGGUAGACAACUACAUGCUAGGAUUGUAAAACAUGGGGUUGAGUCAAAUAUUUUGGUUCCGACUACCAAAAUAUACUUUUAUGCGAGCAACAAAGACAUUAUCUCAGCCCGAAGAGUGUUUGAUGAAAUGCCGAGAAGAAGCACUGUUACCUGGAAUGCUAUGAUAACAGGUUAUUCUUCCCAAAAAGAAGGAAACAAGAAAUAUGCUCUCAAUGCGUUGUCUUUGUUUAUUGACAUGCUGGUUGAUGUAAGUGUAAUUAAACCAACGGGUACAACUAUAGUUUCUGUGCUUUCAGCAGUUUCUCAAAUUGGUAUGCUGGAAACUGGUGCAUGCAUACAUGGUUUUGCAGAAAAGACAGUGUGUACUCCUGAAGAUGAUGUGUUUAUAGGCACUGGGCUUGUUGAUAUGUACUCAAAAUGUGGAUGUCUUGAUAGUGCCUUGUCUGUUUUCUGGCGAAUGAACCAGAAGAAUAUCUUGACUUGGACGGCAAUGACUACUAGCCUAGCCAUCCACGGGAAAGGAAAACAAGCCUUGGAGGUUUUAUAUAAAAUGGGAGCUUAUGGUGUGAAGCCAAAUGAAGCAACUUUUACUAGCUUCUUGUCAGCUUGUUGUCAUGGUGGGCUUGUUGAAGAAGGCCUAAUAUUAUUCCAUGAAAUGAAGAGAACAUUUGGCAUGAUGCCUCAGAUAAAACAUUAUGGUUGCAUUGUUGACCUUCUUGGCCGUGCUGGAAAUUUAGAAGAAGCCUAUGAUUUUAUCAUGCGGAUGCCAAUUAAUCCUGAUGCUGUAAUAUGGAGGAGUUUGCUGGGUGCAUGCAAGAUUCACGGGGAUGUUGUGAUGGGAGAGAAGGUGGGGAAGUUUCUUCUCCAGUUAGAAGAGUGGAGUUCUGCAGAGUCUCCAAAGAGCGAGGACUACAUAGCUCUGUCCAAUGUUUAUGCUUUAGCAGAAAAGUGGGAUGACGUUGAAAUUGUAAGGAAAACAAUGAAAGCUAAGGGUAUUUUGAGUAAAGCUGGUUCUAGUGCUGUUCAAACUGUCAGCAUGGCUCUAAUUAAAAAUUUAUUUCUGAUUCCUUUCAAAAAAUUAUGUUAGCAAGACAAUAAACCCAACAGACAAAAAAAUUCCUGGAGUAGCUGAGACUAAAAGCAAUAGUAUAGAAAUAGCGGCAAUGACAAGUAUACAGUUUACGGAAAAAUACUUUUAAUCAAGAGAUUGGAAAUGUGCGAUGUUCUAACAGCAGUAUACAAGGAUGUACCAUGUAUAACUGAUGCCCAAGUAUGAUACUAACAGAAGUGCUGUUUUUCAGCUUUCAUCAUU